UGACAUAGAUACAACACUCACAUGUAGAUGCUCCUAGAGAGAGAAAGUUUUUUAGAGAGAGAAAGUUUUAUGUUCCUUUGUGUUUGCCAUCUGUUGCAGUGUGGUAGCAUUGUUGGGUUUCCAAUUCUAUCUCUGGUGGGGUUGAAGGUGAGAAAUGAAGCGAGGGAAGAUUGCAAUUCGUGCUCUCAGCUCAGAAAAUGUUGAAUUGCUUUUGGGAUUUUGAGGAACCCUGAUUCUGGGGGUGAGAUUGAGCCGUUCUGGUGGGCGGCUCUGAGAUUUUUUCUCUGAAAAGAGUUUCUGGGUCGUGUUUGUUUGUUGAAAAGUUUUGUUUUUUGGCGGUUUCUGAUGAUGGGUUGUGUAUUUCUUUUCUGAGAAUCUGAGAUGGGUAGAGUAGGUUGUGAUCUGUGUUAAAAAUUCCAAAGCCUUUACCACAAGAUUUUAUUCUAUUAAUUGGGGUCGGCAGUGAUGAAGUUUGUCAACCAGUAAUGUAUGGCUGAAGAAAUGCUUUCUUCAUAAAUUGGUUUACAAUAUGCCAAAGUAGCUUUUUGUAAUGGUGCCAACAUGUAGACCACCAAUAGAAAUUUUAUAGUGAAACCACACUUGUCAGCAGGGAUGUUGAUCAGCAAUGAAACAGAGGAUUUAUGUGAUGAUAACUUUGAAGGAUCUAACGAAGAAAGACAGAUUUUUUCAGAGGUAUUUUCUGGUAAUGGCAUUUUUCAGUCUAAUCAGAAGUGUCUUGUUCCUGUAGCUAUCAGCUUUGAACAUGAAUCCGCUAAAAACACAUUUAAAUCAUUCUGCUCUAGUAAUGAAAACUCAGUUGUAUUGCAUCCAUCAUCUUCUAGACUUACACACCCUGAAGAAGAGGACUUUAAUGUAAUUCAGCAUUCCAAAGAGGCUGCUCUGGGGUGUGUGCCAGAGAGUUUCAUUUGUGAAGACCAGAAUGACGAGGAUGUGAAUGUCAAACGUAUGAAAUUUUCUCUGCAUGAACUUGCUUGUAGUAGAUCUGAUUCAGAAAAAAAAUUGAGUUCAUCACGACUUUCAAAAGUAGUAGUUUCUAACCUGUCUCGUGCUGCUACAAGCUGUGAUAGUGAACCAAUUGCAUUUCAUUUAGUUGAAUCAUCUAAACAUGGUGUGAUAUCUAGCUGUUAUCUAUUGAACCAUAACAAGGUAAAUAAACAAGCUGCCAAGGAUAAGGUAGAUGUUACAAAUUUUAACUCAACAACAGCAGAUGGAAAUAUUGCAAAAGAGUUGUGUGUAAGUAAAGCAGCUGCUUCUCCUGUUUCCCAGGAAAGCUUUGCGAACAGGCGUGUAGUUACCAGUCCGUCAACCACUGUUGUGAAGAAGUCUGGGUCUCCUUUAAAUCCCGAGGAAAUGGUGGAAUCUUCUAAUGUAGGCAUCUCAAAUGCAUCCUCAAUGCUAGAGGAAGAGGACCCUCGUACUAUACUGCAGUUUCAUAUUUUGCAGUUGCUAAAGAUGGCAGGAUGGUCUAUUGAGAAGCGUCAACGGCCUAGUAGGCGUUACCCAGAGUCAGUUUAUAGGACACCAGAGGGAAAGACUAUUCGGGAGUUUACAAAGGCUUGGAGAUUAUGUGGUGAGCUAUUGUCUGUUGAAAAAUGCAAUUUUAUGUGCAGAGAUUAUAAGGAAUGGACUGAUAUUAGUCAAUUCUGGUCUGAUCUAUCCAGUACACUGAUAAAUGUUGAAAAAACAAAGAUGCAGUCAGAAGACCCUGCUGCUGUAUUGGCUUAUCGAUGGUGGCUUUUGGAUCCUUUUGUAGUAGUUAUAUUUUUUGAUAGAAAGAUUGGUGUGCUGAAAAAGGGAGAGGCAGUGAAAGCAACUUGGAGUUUAGUUUCUAGCAAAUAUAUGGUGGCAUGUGCUCCCAUUGGUUCAAGCUCUGGGAAUUUGAAUCAGGUACCUGGAGGGUCUAAUGUAGGUGCUGUUCAUCAAGCCAGAAUUAGAAAUUCCAAAAGUUUUGAUAAACAGAGUUCAGAGAACUAUCUGGAAACAAAUAAAAUUAUUGAUGGAGAUCUGCCAAUGGACAUGUCAGAAGAAAAUAAUGCAUCCAGUGUGAGCCAUGGCCUGGUUCAUUCUCAUGACUCAAGGGAUAUGCAACAGUCUGAAUGUAGUGAGGAAGAAGGUGGCAAAAUCUCAGUAGAUUCUGUAUUUGGGAAAGAUAACAAAUAUUCUGCUUCUGAUGUUAUUCUUAAAAAGAAAAUGCGGAGGAAGUGCAAAAGGGUAUCUGAAAUCAAACUGAGUAUGUUCUACCAUAGUGACAUGCUGGGUUCAACUGUUACUGACCAGGUGCAGUUACUAGAUGGUGAAGCAAGUGGGUUGGAAGAGGUCCAGGAUUAUCUAGUUGACAAUGCGGGAAAGAAAAGAAACUGCAGAAAGUUAUCAUCUGUUGGUGCAAUUCAGAGAAAUAUUAGGAAAACAAACUGCCCCACAGCUGGAACAGAUAAGUCUAACAGAUGCCAGAUUAAAGACGAUGAUUUAUUGGUGUCUGCAAUAUUCAGGAAUAAGGACUUCAGCCCAAAGGCAAUCCGGGGUAAUUCUAGUGCUAAAUCCCGCAAAUCAAGGGGUCAGAGAAAGCUUAAAAGCCAAAAGGGCCGUUGCAGGUUGCUACCAAGGAAUCCCUGUAAUGCAGGGAAGCACAAUAAGGACUGCAAUAGGUUUUAUUUGGGUGCUAGGACAAUAUUGUCCUGGUUGAUUGAUAAUGGGGUCAUAUCUUUAAAUGAUGUGAUUCAAUACCGAAAUCCUAAGGAUAAUGUUGUCAUUAAGGAUGGUAGGAUCACCAAAGAUGGUUUUAUUUGUACAUGUUGUGAUAAGGUGCUCACAUUAUCAGAGUUCAAGUUUCAUGCUGGGUUUACAGUGAAUCGCCCCUGCUUGAAUAUUUUCAUGGAGUCUGGUGAGCCCUUUACACUCUGCCUCCUUCAAGCUUGGUCAGCUGAAUACAAAGCCAGGAGAAGCCAAAAUCAAGCCGUACAUGCUGAUGAUAAUGAUAAAAAUGAUGAUUCGUGCGGAUUGUGUGGCGAGGGGGGUGAGCUGAUAUGUUGCGAUAACUGUCCAUCUACUUUUCACCUAGCUUGUUUGUCCACUCAGGAGAUCCCAGAUGGCGACUGGUACUGCACUAACUGCACUUGUAGGAUAUGUGGAAAUUUGGUCAUUGACAAAGACACUUCAGAUGCGCAUGAUUCAUUACAAUGUUCACAGUGUGAACAUAAAUAUCAUGAGAAAUGCCUUGAAGAUAGAGAUAAACAAGAAGUAGCAAUUUCAGACACUUGGUUUUGUGGUCAGAGUUGUCAGGAGGUGUACUCUGGACUCCAGACUCAGGUGGGGUUAGUUAAUCAAGUUGCUGAUGGCAUCUCAUGGACCCUUCUUAGAUGCAUCCACGAUGAUCAAAAAGUUCAUUCUGCACAGUGGUUUGCCCUAAAGGCAGUAUGCAAUACAAAAUUAGCCGUUGCUCUUACUAUAAUGGAGGAGUGUUUUGUGUCAAUGUUUGAUCCUAGAACAGGCAUCCACAUGAUACCCCAAGUUUUAUACAACUGGGGGUCUGAGUUUGCUCGUUUAAACUUUCAAGGGUUUUACACCAUUGUAUUGGAGAAAAAGGAUGUAUUAAUAUCUGUAGCAUCUAUCAGGGUGCAUGGAACUACAGUAGCAGAGAUGCCUCUAAUUGCUACUUGCAGUCAGUAUCGUCGCCAGGGAAUGUGCCGACUCCUUGUGAGUGCUAUUGAACAGAUGUUAAUAUCUUUCAAGGUGGAAAAGCUUGUGGUAUCAGCCAUUCCAGAUUUGGUCGAGACAUGGACAAAGGGCUUUGGAUUUAUAACUGUUGAUGACAUUGAAAGGCAAAGAUUGAAUAAAAUUAACUUGAUGGUUUUUCCUGGGACAGUGUUACUUGUGAAAUCCUUACAUGGGAAGGAGAAAAUUGAAGGACUGUGUGAUCUAUCAAUUCUAGCAACAGAUGAAUCAAUCAAAGCAGGUAUCUGUUCUGAAGGAAUGGCCAUUUCUGAAUCAUUUGCACAAGUUGUUGGAAACAUAACUACCAACAAAGGUGGAGCAAAGUCAGAACAUGAACCUGUGGAUGGAAAAAAUCAAUCAGACUAUGAAGCUGGCAGUGAAACAGGCAGAGAUGAUAAAAUACAAGCUGUUGACACUGCAAUAGAAGCCAAAGAAUCAACAGAAAUAAGUAGUUCUUCUAGAGAAGAGAAGGUCACCCAGUUGAAAGUGUCAGGUGACUCAGAGAAAUCUAUUGAAGAAAACAAUGUGAAUGAAUUGAGAACAAGCAACAAAGCAGAAAUGACAAGUGAUUCAGUACAGCAAUCUAGUGAGAAUUGUUGUGCUGACAAAGAUGGUGCUGAACCAGCUAUUAGUAUUGUUGAGGACAAGAAUAUCAAAAUAGGUGAGUGUCAGGAAAAUGCUUUGCAGGGUCAUUUUUCAAAUUUGUCCUGCAAAACAUUUUUAGGCAGCAAUUUUGACACGGAUUCCAAUAUUGAAUGCUCAGUGAUGUAUGAUGAAACAGCUUUUUUUGGGACUUUUGCAAAGUCUGCAAGCUGAAUCAGAAGUUGAAAGAAAGUAGAUGUUUAGAGAGAUGGUGUGAUGAUGCUCAUAACAAACUUGUAGGGUAUCUUAGGGAAACUAACUGCAAAAUAUGGAAAAAUAACCGGUUAGGUAAGGUAAAAUUGUGACACUAUGUAACUAGGGACCAGUGCGGCAUAUAGGAUGAAGGCAAACAAAAAUGUUUAUGGCCUUGCUUUGGUGGUAAGGAAGAUAAGAGGUCAAAGGAGGUUGUGCUACAAAUUAGGCAUCGUUGGGAUGUUCAAAUCACUUUAUUUAUGCACCUACUUUUAAGAAAAAUAUUUUAAAAAAUAAAUUCUAGUCUUUUGAGGUUUCAACUAUGACAAAUUGAUUGCACGAUGAUGUAAAACAACUUAUUACGAGAUGAUGAAAA